CACUAUAUGAGCCCAUUUUGUAUUCUAGCUAAGGACAUCUGAAACAGCCUUAAAUAUCAUAAGGUCCUUUACAAGGGAAAUGAACCUUGAUAUCUAUCCAAUGUAGAACAACACUAAGGUGGUGUGGCUAUGUGAGAUAACAUACUUGCAGGAGUCGUAAACAACUGGAAUUUGGGUAAUAUUGAAGCGUCUGCAGUUGAAACACAGCAUUAGGGAAAAUUCAAUAGAAACAACAAUGGUCUAUUCUGUUGGGCAGUAAGAAAAAAAUCAUCAUAAACAAGUACAUUCUUAAAAGUAUAACCCCACAUUAGUUGGGUCAGAAAGAGUGACACUUACUCCCUGCGUGCAUUAUAUAGUUCUCUUUCAAGUUUUCUCCAUCUUGCAUACAUGAGAAGGAACCCCUCUCUAUCACAAGGGAGACCUGUAGCAAUACGGUCAACAUCUAUAUUUGUUUUACCAAGAGUCUUUGUUUGAUCAUACGCUGAAAUCACAUCAUAAGAGCUUGUGCCAGCAAGUUCUUUAUCUUCAUCCUUAGCAAGAAGUUGUACCUGCUCUGCCACUUUCUUAGUCAACUUCACCUAACAAAUAUAGGCAAAAACCAAGAUUAUAGUACGUUUUAACAAAGUGAAGUAAGGAGGAGCGAACUAUCGGCUCUUCUCUUGUUUCUGCUCCAUCGCCCACUGUCUUCUUUCCACAUACACACCUCCUCUGUGGCGGACUAUCUGCACUAUCUAUUAUUUUCACUACUCUCAUGUCGGCUUCUCUAUCAUCCCUAUUGAUUAUUUAUCUUCACUCUAAUCACACGAAGCCGAAGCCUCUGCAGUCCUGCCUCUGCAAACUUUCGUCCAGGUACUCAACCUUAAUCCUUGUUUUCCCUUUUGAAUUCUAAAGUUUAAGCAUUCAACCAAAUUUGUUGUCUUCCUUUGUAUGGAUCUCUCUAUUCCCUUGAUUUUGGUACAUUUUAUAUUCUCCUUGGCUUGCACGGUAUGUAUAGCACCAUUUUUUUCUGAAUUGAUGCAAAUAUGUACUGGAAUAGAACUCUAUUUACAAAAAAAAGCUGACAUCUUUUUGAUUAAUUACAUUUCUUGUUUGGUUCUCACGCCUAGACUCACGACUUAAUAGGUUAAUGAGUCGGUGAGUUUUGAUUUUCCCUAUCACAGCCAAUUAUCAUAAACUCUCGCUCUGAGUCGGUGGGUUUUGAUUUUCCCAUCCGAGUGUGUUUUUCAGUUGCUGAUUUUUUUUUGAGGGGGCUAGAAAUUGUGGGGUUUUUCUCCUGUUUCGGAAUUGUUUGUGGUGUUUUAAGCACACCCAUAUCAUGUAGUUUGUGAUUUCCUUCUAUCCCCAGAUUAGGUCUGAAGAAAGGGUUUUUUUAGGAAAAUUAGAGCGAUCAAUUAAUCAAUCAAUAUGUUUUCCUAGGUGUUAUUUUCUGGGAUUUUUGGUAUCUUUCUUCUGAAUUUUGGAUCUAAUUUCUAAGUAGUGAUUUUAAAGAGAUUCUAUUGGAUUGGACUUGCUACGGAGUAAUUAAUGAAUGAUAUUGUUUUCAAAGUAUUUUUUUGAAAUGAUUUAAAGUUUAGGUACUACUUUCGAAAUUCCACUGAAAGUUCGGGUACCAUUAUUGAAAUAUACCCACCAAAUAGGUAAUAACCCCUAAAGAAGCUAGAGCAAGACCUAAUGCGAAUUAUUGAUUGUAUCAUAAAGACCCUUAUGCCCACUUCCUCCGGGAGGAAUAUGUGUAUCUAAUAGAUCCUGGAUACUGAGUCCAAUCCCAAAAUUUGUUCUAUAUGUAUGACUAGCAACAAGGAAAAAAAAUUUAAUAGGCUAAAUGCAACAGGACUGAUCCCUUACUCUUUACGAGUAUAUUGCAAUGCUUACACUUCAUGCCUAAAUUACCAUGUGAAACACUUUUUUUUGCAAUCUCUUAGAUGUCUAAUCAGUAACCAUUUAAACUUCUCCUUUUGCACUCUUUUGGUUGUGAGAAAAAAACAGAAUUGAUCUUUAACUCCCUCUCUAUUGUCAUACAUACUCUCUACUUUUGCACUCUUUUAGUUUUAAAUCUAUUACUUUCGCCAUAAGUUGGAAUCCCUGCACUUUAUAUUUAAAUUACCAUGUAAAACACCUCUUAGGCGUUGUUUUUUUGCACACUUUUGGUUGUAAAAAACUAAUAUUCCAUACUGGGCACCAACAGCACAUAGUGCGUCCACACUAUAGGUACAAAAUUGGUGACAGCCGUGAGCUUAAUUCGCCGGCGCCAUUCAAAUCAUCACCAAACCGCCACCUAUACAUAUUAUAGUUAUAGAUUUUCUUUCUAAUAAGAAUUGUGAUAUAAAAACAAAAGAUCUCUUUUUAUUUAAAUAUAAAAAGAUCUCUUUUUAUUUAAAUUAUUAUGAAAUUCAAGAGAGAGGAGACCUAGAAGGAGCUCCCUUGCGGCGACUAGUCGUCAAAGAGAGCAUGAAACCGGUGGGGCCCUUAUUAUUGUUGUUAUUCGCGAUUGUUUCUGGAGGGGAAAGUGAAAUUCCGGAAAUGCCCAUCUCAUAAUUAUUGGAGCAAGAGGAUGACGAGUUCUUGUAAAUAUCCAGUGGGCCCUCUAGGAUAGAGUUUGGGGUAAUUUGGCCAUCUGUGUCCUGCGAAUCUGAGCCGUCCAUUUGAAGAAGCCCAUUCUCCACAUCAAUCUCGGAUGCAUCGAACUUGUACACAAUGCUACACAAGUCUUGAUCAUUGUAGACCAUAAAAUCGACCUGUAUGCGAAGCCAUGGGUGGUUACAAAUCUCACAUCUCAUGUGUAUGUGUACAAGUAUGAAAUACAUGCAUGACAAGUACCUAAUGAUACAAUUUGGAAUUAGACAUGUGCAAAACAAGGGUCUGCCGGUCCAGCCCGCCCUUUAAAAUGGGCAGAUAUGGACAAUCUUUAAUACCCACAUGGGCGGGCCGGCCCAAGCCUGAAUUGCCCAUGGACCCGAUGUAUUCUUAGUCGUUCCAAAAUUUUGGAGAGUUCAUGUCCAUGUUUCAACAGCCGGGAGGAUUUUCACCUUUGAUUCCCGGAUUGUAUCCACAACCCUUGCCCCAAACUAAUAUCAUUCGCCCGGUCGCUCCAACAAAUUUGAUCGGAGAGAUGGACAAGGCUGGUCCAUUCCGAUCUAGAAGGAGUCGGUCCCGGAGGUCACACACUCAAAUCACGCCUGAUGGCGAUGUACGCUCAGUCCAUAGCAAGGAUGAGGACUGGGAUGUUCCCCAGGCGCAAAAGAAGCUGAAGGGAAAGAUGGUCCAACUGGAAGGAUACAGGAGGUCAGCAUUCCAAAGGCUUGGGCACGACGGCCGAAACCAAAACUGGCCGGCAAAAGAGCGACUAGGAGUGGAAACAACCCCAGUGAGUGCUUUUGACCGCCUGGGUAAAGGGGCCGAACGACCUGGUCGGACCAGGCGAACGGAACCACCCCAUCGCGAUGAGCCCCAACAUUGUCGGGCGCCUCGGGAGGAAGAAGCGGAAAGCCAUCCUAGGCACACGGUCCGCACGCACGAAGAACGACCCCGGGACCGUGUGGGCCGGGUCAAAGCACGUCUGGAAAAGUUGCAACGGCGGGUGGACCGCGACGAGAAGAAGAAAAUCUUGCUGAACGAAUCUCCGUUCACUGCCCGGGUUCAUGAGACCCCAUUUCUGAAGAAGGCAAAACGUGAGGUCCCAAAAUUCACCGGAAAGGAGGACCCGGAAAUACAUGUCAAAACCCUUCAUCAAAGUGAAAGGAUGAUGGGCCUUUCCGGGGACGAAAAAUGUCUACUUUUCUUUCAAACCCUCCGCGGCCGGGCCGCUGAGUGGUUUCACAACCUCCCGGUCGGCGAGAUCGAUUCUUUCGAUGAGCUGGCCGAGGUAUUUCAGGAAAAGUUCAAAGAGAAUUGUACCAAGAGGAAAAAGUUUACCUAUUUGAGUACGGCCGGGCAGAGGGAACACGAAGAUUUGACCAAAUUCCUCACCCGGUGGAAGGACGAAGUUGACAAGGUGGAGGAGAUGGACGAUAAAACAGCCAUGUCCCUCCUGGUGUCCGGGCUCCGGUCCGGAGAAUUGUACAAAGAAUUUUGUAGGAGGCCUCCCCAGUCCUACCAAGAGGCCCACAACACGGCUUGGGACUAUGCUGACACCAAGGCGCAGGUGUCAUCUAAGAGAGAGGCCGAGCAAGGCCAUUCCAAAGGGAGGAUUUCCUUGAAAAAGGAAAUCGAACUGCCCGGAAGGGUAAAAGCAGAAGUCUUGGAGGUGAAGCCGGUCAAGUCAGAAAAGAAACCGGCCAGGGAAAAGCAAUGGAUAGAGAAGUACUGCUCCUUCCAUAAGACUGACUCCCAUAACACUGCAGAAUGCAAUAGUGUUAAGGGGGUGAUCAAGCAGAUGAUUGAGGCCGGGAAGAAGUGGGGAUGGGAACUCUACGUUGGCACGGUUGCCCUAGAUCCCCGAAGGAAACAAACCAGAAGGGAGCCAAUCACUUUCACAGACCGAGAUCUUCCCGCCACCGGGGAAGAUCACAAUGACCCCCUGGCCAUAACCAUGGAUAUGGGUGGAGUCGAUGUCUCCCGGGUACUCGUUGACACGGGCAGUAGUGUCAAUGUUUUGUACUUAGAGGCAUUUGAGAAGCUCAAGCGGUGUCGAACGCGGCUUGAGCCCUUGAAGACCCCCCUGUCUGGGUUCACCGGGGAUUCUGUUGAAGCUGAGGGGUCAAUCCUCUUAACUUGUGAAUUGGGCACGGGAGACAAGAUCGUCCAAAAACAGAUGAGGUUUGUGGUAGUGAACAUCAAGUGUGUUCAUAAGGCCAUUUUAGGCCGGCCUGAAAUAAACAAAGUCCGUGGAAUCAUCUCCAUGGCCCAUCUCUGUAUGAAUUUCUAUACCCCGGGCAGUAUAGGACAAGUCAGAGGAGAUCAGAAGAAGGCCCGGUCUUGUUACUUGGAGGCUGUAAAAAAGAUGACCAAGGCAUUUGAAAGGGUUACCUUGGUCUCCCAGGAAGAGGAGCGGUCAAAGCUAGAGCCGGGUGAUGAGACCGAGCAGAUUGUUCUCCGGGAGGCUUUCCCGGAAAGGAUGGUGCGGAUAGGACGGGAUCUACCCAGAGGACUUCGAGAAGAAAUCAUCUCAGUCCUUCGAGAAUAUGCAGAUAUAUUUGCUUGGAGUGUGGCGGACAUGCCGGGCAUAGAUCGUUCGGUCAUAUGCCACCGGUUGGCUAUAAUAGAAGGUAGCCGGCCUGUGAAGCAAAAGAAGAGGCACUUGGCAAAUGUCUGAAGGGACUUUGUUAAGAAAGAAGUAAAGGAUCU